UUCUCUUGAAUAAGAAAGUCUGUUUCUUCCGUUACAACUCCGAUCUACUCUCGUCGCCGUCUUUGAUACUCCGAUCAUCGGAGUUUAAUAUGGUAUCAGAGCAAACUAAUUGAUCUUCCGCAUUCUUCUUUCAUCGGCGAUGAGUUUUCCGAUUGAUUUUCUUCAACGAUUCUACCUUUUUUCUUUUUGAGCUUCUUUGAGCUGUUCGCCGGAAUUGUUCUUUGUUUCUCUUUGUUUUUGACCUUUGUGUUGACGAAUUUCUUGUUUCUAUACCUAAUUUCGUCACACAUUUCUUUGUAAUUUCUCAUUUCUUACUCUGAGAAUGGGAUCUUAUGUACCUCCAUCUUCGACGGACAAUCCGGUGAAUGCUUCGACGAUUAGACCUAAUCAAGAUCAGUCUCACUAUCACUAUCAGGUGGAUCGGUAUGAGAAUCCAUUUUUUCUUCAGCAAUGAUCACGCAGGUCUUGUUCUUGUCUCUGAUAAACUUACUCAGGCUUCUGAAUUUCAUUCUUGGAGAAGAUCUGUGUGGAUGGCUUUAAAUGUGAGGAAUAAACUAGGUUUUAUCGAUGGAACUUUAAAGAAACCGCCUAUAGAUCAUAGAGAUUAUGGUGCUUGGUCUAGGUGUAAUGAUAUUGUCACAACGUGGUUGAUAAACUCUGUUUCUAAGAAGAUUGGACAAAGUUUACUUUUCAUCAGUACUGCUGAAGGUAUAUGGCGUAAUUUGCUUUCAAGAUUUAAGCAAGAUGAUGCACCACGUGUGUUUGAUAUAGAGCAGCGUCUUAGCAAGCUUGAACAGGGAUCUAUGGAUAUUUCUACUUAUUAUACUGAAUUGAUGACUCUCUGGGAAGAACAUAAGAAUUAUGUUGAUCUUCCGGUUUGUACUUGUGGUAAGUGUGAAUGUGAAGCGGCUGUUAAAUGGGAGAAUUUAUAGCAACGAAGUCGUGUUACUAAAUUUUUGAUGGGGUUGAAUGAGAGUUAUGAUCAGACUCGUAGACAUAUAUUGAUGUUAAAGCCUAUCCCAAAUAUUGAAGAGGCAUUCAAUAUGUUAGCUCAGGAUGAGAGACAAAAAUCAAUCAAGCCUUCUUCUAGAGUGGAUAGUGUGGCUUUUCAGGCAACUACAGAUGUUGAUGCAGAGAAUGCAUAUAUUGCUGCUUAUAAUACGAUGAGAUCAGCUCAGAAACCAGUGUGUACUAAUUGUGGGAAACUUGGACAUACAGUGCAGAAAUGUUACAAGAUAAUUGGAUAUCCUCCUGGCUAUAAAGUCAAUGCUUCUGGUUUUAACUACAGGAACACUAAUAUGCAGAUGCAGAAUCCUCAGUUUCAACCUAGAAUGCAGACUCAAACUCCUCAGUUUCAGCCUAGGAUGAUGUCAUCUCAGCCAAGAAUGCAAAUGCAAAUGGCUCCGACGAAUGUUGUUGCUAAUAUCUACACAGAGUCUAUUCCUUAUUAUGCUGGAGCUGGUUCUCAGACGUAUCCCUAUAUGGUUUCACAGAAUUUUCCACAGGUUACUGAUGGUGGAAAUACAUUCAACAUACAAGAUCUUACUCCACAACAACUCCAGCAUUUUCUUUCACAGUUUCAAGCUCAAGUACUAGCACAAGAGCCUGUGACUUCUUCAAGUACUUCUGGUACUACUGCAACAAUUACUGAACUCGGUUUGAUGGCUCAAACUUCUACCUCUGGAACUUUCUCGGGGCUUGAUGAUUGGGAGGGGUAAACUUUUCAACAACUUAUACAUUUUGGAUAUAGAGAAGCCAUCCCUCUCAGCAUCUCUUCCUACAGCAUGUUCUUCUUUUUCUGGUUCUGUUUUGGCUGAUGGAAUUCUUUGGCACCAACGCCUUGGUCAUCCAUCAACCGCAGCUUUACAAAAACUUGUUAGUGUCAUUCCUUCUUUAAAAAGUAUAUCAUCUGAUGUUUCACAAUGUUCAAUAUGUAUGAUUGAAGACGUACAUAACACUGCGUCACUGCCCAUCUUCUUGGGUAGCGGAUAAUAACAAGAUGUUCAAUGUUCAAUGUUCAAUAUGUAUGAUUGAAGCGGAUAAUAACAAGAUGUCUCGAAGUGGGUCUUCUUGGGUAGCGGAUAAUAACAAGAUAACACUGCGUCACUGCCCAUCUUCGUGAGUAGCGGUUGAUCUUUUGAAUGAGAGAAUCUACAGAAGUGGGUCUUCAGAGGAAGUGACGAAGCUACAAGGCUGCUAUUUUCAGAAGGAAUGCAGCGGGGUUUUGGUUAGCAUUUUGUUUGGAGUAAGCUGGGCAGUGUGCGGAUUUACUUGUCUUGAGAACGAAUUCUCUUGUGUGACUUGUUACUUAAGGAACAAGGAAUCUCAUCUCGGGUGGAGCAUUGAUUUCUCAGAGGGUAUUUCUUGUGUUUUUGAUCAGUUAUUCAAGUGACAAGAAGGAGAAUCUGAUGGUAAGCGAUUAACUGUACUACUUACUUGAGUCGAAAGUCUUCCUAGCCAAAGGGUGUUAGGCGGCGUGUUCUGUUCUUUUGAACAGCGGUACAAGGGAAGUGUAUGGUAGUUUUGCUAGAGGAAAAUACAAGAUUUGAAGUAUGAGAUUGAGGUAUGGUUUGAUGAUGUGUCAAAAAAUGUUGCUACAUCAUUAGAUCAUGAAGAAGGCUCCAAGUAGAGGUGACAAGGCUGCAGAGGUUUUAAAGGAUUGUUCUUGGUGGUUCUUUUGGGUAACAGUGGAGCAAUGUGACAGUGAAGAGUGGCUGAACUUAGAAAGGUGUUUUGAGCUUAUAGAGACGAAUUAACAUCCAAUGGUUAUUAUGGUUCUGGUGGAGCCAUUUUUCCGUGGAGGUUGAGUUCAAACGAAGAGAUGGAAAGCUACAGAAGCCACUGUGGGUACAUGUCCUGUUUACUAAAAAGAAAGGGAAGUCAAGAAUGGUGCAAAUCAACACGUUCAAGAUCCAAGGGUAAGAAGACUCUUACAUUUUUUGGCUGAAGUUUGUUGAUAUUACAGAGGGAUUCUCAGAAGGAAGAAACGAAAUGGGGACAAGUGCUAGUGAUGCGAGAAUGGUGUGUAUCUAGCUUGAUACACAACACAUUAAGCUAGUGGUUAGCUUCUGGAAAUGUAGGGUCCUAGAAAGGGCGAAAAUGCAUAGAAAUCGAAGAUGCAUUUGGAGGAUAACGACUAAGAUCUCUUGAGGUCGUUUGUCUACACCAAAGGGGAGUUUUUGUAAGUAUGCUCUCAAGGAAAGAACUCAUUAUGGACGUUCAAGAGAAGAGUCUUCAAGUAUGAUGUGAUGAUUAAGAAGAAGAGACUUCGGUUUAAGUCUGAUAUUGAAUGGUGCAUGGUUCAAGUUGUUUGGUGGAGUUUCUGCGGGUUUUGCAGGUGUGUCUACAGCUAAGAGUGACGUCAAGGGUUCUAGAGUUGAUGUGUAAGGGGAUUUGAGGACGUGGCUCAAGGGUAUCACAAGGUUCUGUUGGUAUGAGACAAGAUAAAGAUCGCCAGAAGUGAUUAACAUCUGUUGGUGAUAAGUUUUGUGGUUAGAGAAGGAUUGGACAAGGGUUGUGUCCAAGGUAUGUUUUAUUAAACAUGGUGUGUAGAGGGCAAUUCUAAAAUGGUCUAAGCUAUUGUAGAGAUUGACGACAUAGUGAAUUGAAGAGCUUCAAGUUCGAGGCUAAGUUGAUUAAUCGGUUUUCUGAUAAUUGAUUCAAGGAAAUUCAGAGGAUUUUGAUCUCAGUGCACAUGAGUAAAUCAUAGGAGCUAUAGCAAGGGAAUCACAUUUUUUGCAGAGGGUUAUAUGGUUCUUCAAUCACUGAAGACGUUCUUGGGGUCUUUACAGAAGCCAUGGUGGAGAAUGUGUGAUUGGAUGGUUCAUAAGUGGUGGAACUUAUGGUUUGCUAGUCAUCUCAGGAUCGUUUGACCGUGUGAAGUAUCACAGCGGAAGCGUGUUGAAUGUAAGUUCAAUACAAGAGGAUCAAUGAUAAGUUGGGUUGGUCAUAUGGAUUUUAUGGGCUGGUUAUGCAACUCAAGGAGAAGACAAGUAUGUUACACGUUUGGAGCAAAUCAAACGUUCUGUUGGGUUAUUGAUGGUGUUGUGGAUUAUUAUUAUUAUUAUUCUACUAAGGUGUUGUGUGUGUAUGUUCAUACAUAUGCAGGUUCAAAGUAUAAAACUAUAUUGUUACUUUACGUAAUAAUAUUAUCUGAAUUUAGCGAAAAA